UCAYWCCUGAAACUCCUUUUUUCCAGGCUAAACARCCCCAACUCCCUCAGCUGGAUUCACCAUCCAGGCCURUUGAUGAGCCAGCAUGGCCCAAAACACCCAUGUUUCUUUGAUGAAYAGAAAACACCUCUAAUGGCAUCUGAGUGACAGCAGUGAUUAUGAURAGUGAGAUUUGCUGUGGGGUGGCAUCAGUGCAAUGCUGACUGCUGAUCCGAAGCCUCCAAAACGUUCUCUUUGGGUGGACYUGUGGCCUCCGACCCAUGGUGUCUGACUACAUACCUCAUGAUUACGGCAUGACACGCAUCGUGGGUGGCACAGAUGCUCMGGCAGGAUCCUGGCCAUGGAUCGUCAGYAUMCAGCAUCCCUGGUUACCAGGCCUGAAACACUGGUGUGGAGGGUCUCUCAUUGGCACUGAGUGGGUCCUCACAGCAGCCCAUUGCUUUGACAAGAUCAAGAGAAUCAGCGUUAUGAAGGUGGUGAUUGGGGCUACUCAGUUGACACAGCCAGGCCCUGGGGCACAAGUGCGCCGGAUUAAGAAGCUACUGCGUCAUGAAAGCUAUAAGAGAAGUGAUAUAAGUAACGACAUUGCCUUGCUGCAACUGAACAAGCCUGUUGAGUGCAGCCCCUACAUCCAGCUGGCCUGUGUGGCCGACCCCUUGCUAAGAGUCUCAGAGCUGCAAAACUGCUGGAUUGCUGGCUGGGGUGUCACCUCUACAAAUGCUGAAGAAUCAAGUGACAUCCUACAGGAGGCCAAGGUCCAUCUCAUUGAUCUCCAGCUCUGCAACAGCAGUGACUGGUAUGCGGGGGCCGUCCACGUCUACAACUUGUGUGCUGGUUAUCCACAGGGCAACAUCGACACCUGCCAGGGUGACAGUGGUGGCCCUCUCAUGUGCCAUGACAACAACACUGAACAAUGGUGGGUCAUUGGAGUGACCAGCUGGGGAAAAGGCUGUGCCAGAGAAAAGAGACCUGGAAUCUACACCUCCACGCAGUUCUUCUACGACUGGAUCCUGGCCCAGAUGGGGAUGAGCCCAUUUAGUACUUCUUGAGCAGCAGGACAGGCAGGAUCCAGGGUAGACUGCAGUGCACAGCAACCAUUCCUGCCUGAUCCAAAGGCAGCCUCACUGUCCAAAGCCAGCUKUAUCCUGCCCACACUCCUCUCCUGUGCCGGCAACACCCAGAACUGAUUUAGUUGAAAUAAAGUUAUCUAUGUUCACAGGGAACCAUAUUUUCAGUGCAAUUUUGA